AUGGCUCCUCGAGGUGUAGAACAAAAGGAAACGCUAUGUCAACGAUCCCUCCCAGUCAUUGCUGAUAUUGGAUUCUGCAAGGUGCCAUCUCACAGAAGACGUCCGAGAGCUUUUCAAGGAGCAGUCAAAGAUCGCGGUCAUUCCAGGCGGAAUGACCAAAUAUCUACAGCCUCUCGACGUCGGCAUCAGCAAGCCCUUCAAAGACAAUCUGAGGGCGGGAUGGGAGCGAUGGAUGGCCGAUUCAGCACGAGACACAACAGGCGGCGCCAGGAAAAGGAUGACCUACGGCGAAGUAGCAGCACUAGUCUACGAGAGUUUCAAUGCGAUUACUGA